AUGACUAAUUCUACUAGUGAGCAAGAUAUUUCUGCUUCAAAUAGUACUGCAACAACUAUUAAUGGUGCAAAGAACAAUGAAGGUGGCGAUUUAAAAAAUGAUAUCCAGCCCGUGGCUAGUAUGAGUAAUGCUAAUACAAAUGAAAGCUCAGAUGUGGCUAGUAAUUUUGAUGUUAAUAGUAAUCCUCAUCAACCCGCUAAUAGUAACAUAAAUACUCCUACCCAAGAAGAAGAUGUUAUCCCCACAGCUAUUGUUAUUAAAAACAUUCCAUUUGCUAUUAAGAAAGAACAAUUAUUAGAUGUAAUUGCUAAGAUGGAAUUGCCAUUGCCUUAUGCGUUUAAUUAUCAUUUUGAUAAUGGGGUAUUCAGAGGAUUAGCAUUUGCUAACUUUACUAAUAGUGAGGAGACUGUUAAAGUUAUUACUAAUUUAAAUGGUAAAGAAAUUGGUGGCCGAAAAUUAAGAGUUGAAUAUAAAAAAAUGCUGCCUGCUGCAGAAAGAGAAAGGAUAGAAAGAGAAAAAAGAGAAAAACGUGGCCAAUUGGAAGAGCAGCACAAAUUUUUAUCUAAUCUAUCACUACAAUCGUUGGAUAGAGUUCAUUCAAACUCGAAUAUUCAUAAUCAACAUUCAAAUUCAACCUCAAAUUUGAAUUUGUCUUCUAGUAAUAAUAAUUCCCAAUUAUUUGCUUCAUUUAUUUCUGGUAAUAUUAAUAAUCCACCAAAUAGUUCUAAUCAACGGCAAUCACAACAGCAACAACAGCAACAACAGCAGCAACAGCAGCAACAACAAUCACCUUAUUUGUCUACUCAAAAUUCGACACCUUCAUCUCAUCACCAACAUCAUCCUCAUCACCAACAACAAGCACAACAACAACAACAGCAAACGCAAACACAACAACAAUUGUUUAUUCAACAAUCACAACAUUUUGAUAGCAAAAUUCCAAAUAAUAAUAAUAAUGUUACUCCCACAGAAAGAUAUUAUGCCCCAUUACCUUCGUCAUCAACUAUGUCAUUACCACCACAGCAAUUAGAUUUCAAUGAUCCUGAUACACUUGAUUUAUAUACGCAAUUAUUAUUGUUUAAAGAAAGAGAAAGACAAUUUUAUGAAUUAGCAUAUCCUAUUGGAUUAUCAGCUAAUCAUAAGCGUAUUAUCAAUGUAUUGUGUUCGUUUCUUGGUUUAGUUGAAAUUUAUGAUCCAACAUUCAUUCUUAUAAGAAGAAAAAAUCUUGAUUCUAAUAAUUUACAGUCGCAUUUACAACAACAAGGACAAGUUACUAUGAUUCAACCAUUACAAGCCAGUUCUACCGGUGGGUCCAUGAAUAGAUCACAGUCAUAUACCAGUUUAUUACAAGCACAUGCAGCAUCGAUUUCUAAUAAUAAUAAUAAUAAUAACAAUAAUAAUAAUAGUACAAGUAAUACAAAUAAUGCUAACAACAACAAUAAUAACAGUAAUAAUAGCAAUAGUAACAAUAAUAAUAAUGGGAAUACGCCUAAUUUGAAUAAUAAUAAUAAUCACCACCUUCUUUCCUCUCAUCAUCAAAAUAAUUUGAUAUCUUCAAAUGGGCUGGGAUUAAAUUUGACGAAUUCUAAUAGUAAUAGUAAUCUUAAUAGUCUUGCUAAUGGUAUUUUAUCUAGUACCUCCAGCACUAAUAUGUUAUCUAAUAACUCUACCCCUAAUAUAUUAGCCAACUCAUCACCUAUUACGUUAACUCAACAAAUUCCUAUUAUAUCUUCACCAAAACAACCGAUUCCUAAUAAUAGUAUUACAAACCCUAAUAGUUUACAAAAUAGCGAAGGCCAAGUAUUUUUAAGACAAACAUCACAUUUAGCUUCUUCAAGCUCACGAAUUCCAUCUGGAUAUUCAUCGAACCAUUCAUUGAAUCCAUUAAACCCAUUAUUAAGAAAUCCUAAUGCUUCACCAAACUCCACAAUAGUUACACCAAAUACAAAUACCACCAGCAAUAGAGCUCCACCAUUACAAUUUUACCAAACAUCCAAUACAUCACAUCAACAGUUGGUAGCUCAAAAUACUAAUGGAUCCACCCAUUCUAAUUUUUCUAUUCAUUCGUAUCACGAUGAUGCAUUAGCCCAAGCCAAUGUUGGCGCUUCUACUAUAUUAAACGAUGUUUAUAAUGGAUUAAGUAAUGGAUUAGAAGAUGGGUUGAACAGGUCGUUAAGCAGUUUAGAUUUACAGAAUAAGAAGACUACUUGGUGA